UAUUUUGGUGUGCCUUGGGUGCAAUUGUCAUAGCCGGUAUCGCUGUAAUAUCAUAUUGGAUACGACGAUGCAGGACAUUACGAGCAAUCUACCGCCAGUGCAAUCCGCCGACGAGCUUAUUAUCAACAACAGCUGCCGGCAGCAGGAGCAACUGCAGCAUCAAAAGCAACCAUUAUUGUUGCAAACUCAUACGGAGUCUCCAGCGCAGCUGUUGCUUACUGAACAAAAACAACAGCAGCAACAAGCUUGCAAAUCCACAUAUUCUAUUUCCACCACCUCCACCACCACCAAUAACCCCAACACCUCCAGCACCACCACCACUCCAACCUCACCCCCACCAGCAUUUAACCCAACGAAGUCCAUUAACACACCCAUAUCCGGUGGCAGCAACCCCUUUACCCAUACACCAGCGCCACUACCACUACGACAGCAAAACCAAAAAGUUAUCACAAGAUCACAAUCAUCUAAAGUUAUACAAGAGUUGCAGCAAUUGCACCAUAAUAACAACAACUAUCAACAACAACAGCCGCAUACGCAUUCGAUCCACCAACUAAAGCAACAGCAAUCACUGCCGGCCACGCUACAUCCACCGCAAACGGUUAACGGCAGUCAUCAUCCGCCACCUUCCAAGUCCGUCUCGAUACUCGUGUAUAAAACAUUGAAUACGGUCUUCAAGAGCAGUCGCAAGAUCAUUGUGCGCGUUUGUGAGGUAGCCAGCGCGAAAAAAUCAUUCACCAUGUUCAAAUUCAAUAAAGCGGCCGCGCAAAAUCGCGCUGAAAAUCGGGCGAAUGCCUGCACCGGACACGAUCAGUUUGUUCGGCCACCGGUGCCCGAGAAGAAAGUUAAACACAUAAUGAAGAAAUUACACAAACAAAAUGGACUGAAACGCUCCAAUUCAGCGAUCGAAUUUGACGUGUCCGCGCUCACAGCCGCCAAUCGCCGGCACAUCUACAGCAGCAAUCGAUCAGCCAGUUCGGAACAAGAUAAUUCAGAUCAAUCCGAGCACUCGGAAAAAUCACCAUUGGUUAGCGCGAGGUUAGACAAUCUAGCUAGGCUAUUUUUUAGCAAAUCGAUGCCAGCGGAAACCGGAAGUAGAGAUACCAUAGAUUCUGUGCUAACGACAAGGCCAAAUCUGAAAUAUCAAUACUCGGCGCUGGAUAGCGGCAAUGGCAUUGUGGAGCGCAGUCCACGUGAGCGUGCACAACGCGAGCGCGCACUUAAUGCAUUGCAGGAGUGGGUGCAGAACUCGAAUGGUCGUUACGAGAUAAUCGCACAUUUGGAUGAAAUUGGCUCGCGUCAUGGCAAGAAUUGGUUUCUCGUGACCGAUGCAACGGUACGCACGGAUCGUCUACUGACACUAUUGCCACUCCCACCGGACUGUGUCGCCUUCGAGGAUUUGCCCGCCAAUGAGAAUCCGAAGCCGAUGCUAAUGGAAUUGCUCGGCUCACUGCAUCAUCCUUAUAUAUAUCCGAUAUUGGAUUUGGGUUUUCUGCAGCUUGGCUCUAGCAAUUUUGCCUGUCUGGUGACGCCAUUCAAUUCACGUGGUAGCUUAAAGGAUUUAAUUUAUAGGGCGCAAUGGAACGAACCAUGGGCACGCAAAUAUACACGCAAACCCAACGGUUUACCCGUCUCACAAGUUCAGCGGCUGGGUCGACAAAUCUUGGAGGCGUUGCUGUUUCUGAAAGAGCGCGGCUUCCCACUGCACGGACAUUUGCAUAGCGGAAAUGUGAUUCUACAAAAUGGCGCCGCCAGACUGUCCGGCCUCGAGAAUGGUCUGCUCGGCCUUAGUUCGCGCAUUAACGCUGUCAUGUGGUCGCGCAGUACAACGGAAAUCGAAAAUGUCGAUAUCAUUUGCUUCGGUCAUUUGUUAUAUGAAAUGUGUACCGGUCAAGAAAUGACCACACCCAAACCGUCCAUGCGGGUGCUCGAAAUGGAAUUAGAGCAUUACCCACAAAUUUUAGAUGUACUUGGCUUAAUAUUCGAACCGCCUAGCGGUGUAUGCCCCUCCGUCGAAGACCUAGUCUUAUGUGAUCUCUUCAGAAGCAUCGAUUUGCGUGAAUUACGUGGUCCUUGCUUUAGCACAAUCAAGCCGAGCCUAAGCAGAUCCACACUCAAUCUCUUGUAUGCCGUUAAGAAGCGACAAUGUGCAUCGCUCGGUAGUUCACUUAGCGAAAUGAGCUCACCGAGCACACCGCCAUCAACGCCACGCGACGGUCGACGCGGUUAUAGUCGAACAAUGGACUCUUUCGAUAUAUCUAGCGACUCGGAGGAGGGAUUACUUGAUGAAAUACUCGUCGAUGGCAACUACCACCAACAACGCUUACAACAGCUGCAACGCAUGCAAAACUAUCACCAACGUCAGCAUCAUUCCUAUCCGCAACACUACUACGACCAGUUCACAGCAUUAUCACACCAACGCCAGUAUCACACACAAGCUCAUCACUUUAGCGAGAACAAACCACUGGACUUUGACACGAUUGAAUCAUCACCCCUGCACUAUUGUGAGAAUACCACCACCCAAUCCGAUGACAAUAUCUAUAGUACUCAAGAAAAUCAAAAGUCAACACAACAGUCACGACAGCAAAGGCACAUAGAGUCACCGUCUUCUCCGCCACCGCCAGCACAUUUGCCAACAAUACGUUGUAGCUCCAGCAAUAAUUUGAAUGCACCAACAUUGGGUUCAAGUGCUGGUCGCUGCUCGUCGGGUAGUAGCACAAGUAUUGCUUCAACAACCGCCGGUGCUGCUUCAGCUGCCACCGCUGCCGCAACGCCAGCUGCAGCCUUUAUUGCGGAAGACAAUAAGGACAUUGGCGAAAAUACAAUACAGUCAGGUCAAUUGGAGCUUGAAGCCGAUGACAGUACAUCAAACAAUGACAGCCCGGCUAGCAGUGAUUCGUCGACGCACCAAGUUGACGCAACUAGCCAAAGUCAUGUGAACGAUGAUGCAAAGGCAUCAACGUCAGCAGCGGCCGCCGCAACGAAUGGUGCAACCGUCGGUGGUUCAUUCAACCACCAACUAACGGCUGAUAUGUGCAACUAUAAGAAUUCGAAGAGUCGUCGGCUCGAGUACUCACUCAAGUGUUUGAAGUAUGGACGCAGCAAUCCUUCGCAAGAUUCAGCUUUUGGAUCGCUAACCGACAAUGAUCUCUCGGUUGGUUCGUCCAGUUUUCGCAUAAGUAGUUUUCAGUCGAUAUCUUCGCCGAUUGAUGAGGGUGUAGAGGAUAUUAUAAUCGCAACAACAACAGGUGGCAAGGAAACUUGUUUAGAAUUAGCCACUAUACCGAGAAGUAUGGUGUCGCAGGAUUCCGCCAUAUCAUCACCUUGUCGUGAAACGUCGCCAAGUAACUUUUUAAACAUAGACGAUUGCAUGUCCGGCUCAUAUUCGGGCGCAUCCACUUCGUCCGGCUCUACAGGCAACAUACGUCCACAACAAUUUCCCGUCUCGCUUUCGCCUAAAAUACUCGUCACUGCCACUACUAACUCUAGCAAUUCGUCACUAUCCUCGUCUAGCGCCGCACUACCCCAAGCACAACAAUUCGACCCACCCAAAAUACUAGUUAACGAUCAAAACUCUAUUUAUACAACAUCACCAUCGAAACGUAUCGGUACAAUUGAGGUAUUCUCACAAAAAUAUCGCGUCAGUUCGUUUGAGGAUAUGUCACCAAAUAAGCGCUCCUCUUCCGAUAAACUCUUAAAGAAUGUCAAUCGUAUGGCAUUCCGUUCACUCGAAGAGGAGCGACGCAUUGAUAGUGCUUUUAUGCCGAUUGCAGAUCGUACAAACUCAGAAAAUCGCGUCAACAUGCAGCGUGACGAAAAAUACAAGAAACUUACACACGCCUCGUUCCGCAUAAGCAAGACGUCAAGCCAGGUAGUGGUCUACGACAACACGCCCAAUCAAAUGACGAGCACGUCACCGGUGGGCAAUAAAAGCGUCAUAGCCAGCGUUGAAAUGCAGCGUCCCGCUACGGCUUCGGGUUCGGUUAGCACGCGUCAAACAAUGUGGCGCGAUAGCAAGUUCUAUCGGAAGAAUCGCAUAGCUAAGUCCAAUGACUCGCUGUUGGAAACAUCACCCAAUCACUCGGCGCGCCUGUCACCAUCUUCGUUGCGCGACAAUCACUACGACAGCAGUUCCUCGUACGGCAGUCGCAGCCAAAGUCGACAAUCACUUAAUCGUGGCAGUUCCAUCAAUGAAAUAUCUGGACUGAAUCAGGCAUUCGGAGGCGGUGGCGGAGCUGGUGGUGCGCAAGGUUUGGCAGUGACCACCAGCUUCUGUGGCAAUGCUAGUACAAGCGGUGUUGGGCGUCGUUACUGUAGUUCGAAGAGUGAAGAUCUUGGUGAUACGAAUGAUUAUUUGCGGGUUAUGGAUGCGCGAAAAUCAUAUUCGGAGCGACAUCUGGUCACACUAACGAAAUUAAAACAAACAGCAAUCAAUAAUACAAUGAGCGGAAGUGAGCAAUGUUGCUUCUCCGAGGACGAAAUGAGCUUCUAUGAUGACAAUAAUGUUUACGGUUAUAUGUAUUAUAAUGAAAAACAACAGCAACAGCAACAACAACAGCAUCAUCAUCAUACACACCAACACGCCAAACAGCAGCAUCGACAGCAGCAGCAACAACAACAACAACAGCAACAAUCUCAACAAGCGCAACAGCGCCGUACACACUACAAUGCACAUCAGUCAACAAAACAAGCAAAAACACAACAACAACAAAUGCAACACAAUCACCAACAACAGCAGAAAUAUCAGCAGCAGCAACAGCAACAACAACAACAGCCUAAACGUGCCAACCCAAAUCAACUUAGCUGGAGCAGCUGCUCCAUCAAUCGCCUACGCACCACCAAUAUAAAGACCACCUCCUUGGCUACACUAUCCUGCCAUCAAAAUUUUACCUCCACCGCUACAGCACAAUCCCCCUCGCCCAACGCGUCCAACAUCACUGCGGCCGGCACGAUAGACGCUUUGCCACAUGUCUCGCGCAGCGCUAUUUUCAAGUCGGUUGAUCACUUUGUCAACCUAACAGAUAAGAGCGGCGGCAGCGGCAGCGGUAGUGGCACCGGCACUGCCACCGAUGACAACAGUUCCCCCGACGAUUCGCCAACACACCAGACGCUGAGCGGCGCCGAGCUCUCAAAGAUUUUCGCAAUGCACGACGCCCAAAGCAGCCAGUGCAGUGAGGAGAAGACACCGCUGCUAGACAGCGUUGAGAUGUCGCCAAUCAGUCCAACCGAGACGGAGGAUUCGACCAACGGCGAAAAAAUGUGAUAUACUAAAUUUCAGUAAAGACACACACACACACACUCAAAGCAAAUAACUCACGUAUAACUAAAAUAAAUAAAUAAAAUAUAUAUGUAUAAGUAAAAGCAAGCGAAAUUUGCAUAGAAAUCGGUAGCGAGGCUUUUCGUGUGUUACAUAGUGAAUGCAUGAAAGUUGCAAGGAUUGUCGAACUUUUUUUUUUUAAACAGGGAAGUUAACCAAUGUUUCCUUUUAUGAAAAAAAAUAUUUUUCAAUAAAAUAAAAAUUUAAGUAAUAUAUUUUUUUUGCAAUACUGUACACACUAGGGUGUGUAACAAAAAUCCAAUAUUUUUUUCCUCUUGAUUUUCUGAAAAAUAGGUUUUUACACAUCUUUAUGAAAAUCUCUCGAAGUACGAGCUCGGCUAUUGAAUGCUCUCCUACUUCUAACGGGAAGUUUCUCCGCCAUUCAGUUUUCUAAUUCUUUCUUAUUAGUAGAUAGAAAAAAUCAUGUCUCGCUUCCAACUACGUGAAAAAUGUCUCAUUUCAUAGAUUUUGUAGAAAAUUAAGUGCUCUACAAAACAGGUCUAAGCGAUUUUUUUCUAAACCUAAACUUUUAACAGAUAAUAACUGUUAAAGUUCAUUAUUUCAAGGAAAUCAUUAACUUUUGACGAUGGUAUUUCGUAAACCUUAAA